AUGAAGGUAUUCAUCGUUCUAGCAGUGAGCAUCGCCAGCAUGGCUGGUAGCGGAUAUGCCGCUCAGGCAACCGCCGAUAAGAAAAAAACCGUAGAUAAACGAAGCCCCUGGCAGUUCGGGUCCUACUACAGCGGAUUUGGAGACAGUUUAGCGCGAUCGGAUGAUGUACAUGCGCACGGGGCAGGAGCCUUAUCCGAACAGCAGUUUGGUGGUGGAUGGCAUCAGGAGUAUCAGCCUCAGCAACAACACUGGAGUCAGGCUGGUGUGUCCGGACAUGAAUCAAAGUCUCUCGGCCAUCCGGUCCAUGAAUGGCAGGCCGAACGUGCACCGCAGGUGCACUUCGACGAGCAUGCCCAACAACCUCAGUUCCAUUACGGUGGCUCGUUCCAGCAGCCCAAGGUAGAACAGUCGUUCGGAUGGCACCAUCAGAACCUCCACGACGAAGACACCAAGGAUUGGGCAUCCCAGCAUCAACAGCUGCAGCUACACCAAGCAGGAGGAUCCUCCCAAGAGUGGCAUAACGAUGAUUCAAAGGAAAAGGACGCUGGCCAUGGUGACUGGGCACCAGUUUCGGGCGGUAGCUCUGAUCUGCUCAAGGAACACUCCGCACAGUCGCACACGACCGAAGCCAAGGAACACCAUCACCAGGAAUGGGCACCGAUCGAGUCGAAGACUGAGGAGCAUCACGAUGGACAUCACCAUACCAAGAUCAUCAAAGUGCCGUACCCUGUGCAUAUCGAGAAACCAUACCCCGUGUACAUUGAAAAACCCUUCAUCGUGGAAAAACCUGUGCCUCUGAAGCUGUACAUUAAGAAGAAGCAUCAUCACUAA